AUGCUUACCACCACUCUCCCCGUCGAGCUCAUUCUACGGAUCCUAUCCAAUGUCUCAUUCGCCGACAUUGUCAGCGUCAAGGCCACAUCCCAUGACCUCUGCGCGCUUAUUGAGAGCAAUGAGCACAUCGUUUACCAUGAGCUAGCUAUUUCUUACGGAUAUGUCGCGCCGCAUGUCUCGCUCGAGGACGCCUCGCUCGCCCCGUGCAUGGACGAUGUGGUGUGCUGGAAAGAAUUCUUGGGAAGGUCGCCGCAAGCUGUUGAUUCAAAGAAGAUGGAAUGGCAAAGACCAGGACAAACGCAAACCACCUUCGAAGGCCAAGACGAGAAGCAUAGGACCGUGAUAAGCAAUAGCACUCGCGGAGGCAUAGAUGUUACUGCGAUCGAGACGGACCGCAUCCUAUGGCGGCUCCCGGAAACGUAUGUCGAUGGUGGCGCUGAGUGCCGCUUUUCCAACGGUUUUCUCACCUUCAUGCGCUCUUCUCCACCUGCUAUCGAGGUCUGGAGGCGCACCGCGGAUAUUCCUCUCUUUCGAGACAUUGCCACGGGAAAUGCGGUUCCAACACCCGUAUUCAACGCGCCUGCCUCCCCUGGUCUGAAGCAGGCACAAGCUUCCGCAUCAGCCAGCAAACUGGCAGUCUUGUCCGAGGAGCCAGAGUCUCCACGGUUUGCCCAUAUACUGGGAGACUGGAAGCUGAGAGGUCACUUCUCUGCCCACGCUCUACAGAGGAUACCGACGGUCAAACCCAUCUCCUCCUAUUGCUUCUCGUUUCCGCUGGUCGCUGCUGUGUCUGAUGACACUGUGUUUGUGUUUGACGUCCGGAAUGGCAGGCUGUUGGGCGACAUACCGCAAAAAUAUCGGGUUGUGGACGUGGUCUUAAGCCACGAACACUUGGGCAUCUCGACCGACAAUGCUAUAACCAUUAUACCUCUCUCUCAGCUGAUUUCUGGCACCGGUGGAUUGUGCCUGGACCAUGUCUACCCGGAAGUGGACACCAGUAAUGAACUCGAGCACUUCGGUGAGGUGAAGCAAGAUCUAUGUGCAGUUGCGUUUGGUCGGGACGGAAAAUUCGAGGGAGUUUUGAUGAAAAGCCCGGAAGAGUGUCCUCGCGGGAUCUGCCCCUCUUCGACCGUUUUGCUCGAGUCAGGGAACGUUAUAAGACAUUUCAUGCUGGAGUAUAAGUGGAUAGAAGGGUUGCAGACUGGCGACCCUCUUCGUCUAGGAUCUUAUCUCAUUUUUAUCCGCAACUUUUCCAAAUGGACUGGCGGACAUGUUCCACGCAAUUCUGUACGAAUCCUUAGGACGUGUGGUGAGGUAACUGAUGCUCUAUGGACGCGAGACGGUCUAGUUAUUGCCAACGUCCGAGAUGGCAUCCAUCUGGGGACCGUGCAGAAAGAUCAAGUCAAUAGCGAUGAGCAGAAAAAUUGGAUUAUAUAUCAAUUCCGACUUCAGAACUUCCGUAUCUUCAAGCCCUUCCGUAGGAGUCGCAUGGUAGUGACAGAGACGGGGAUAUGGUUCUUGCACACGAGCAGGGCUGUGGAGCAUUUAUUAGAUCCACCUGGAAGCCAUCCUCAAUAUCCACGCUAUGCAUAUGGAGAAGAAAGGGAGAGAGGGACAGGUAUCAAAAGUAAUGUCUGCUUUAUUGACUUAGCCACAGACGUGGUGUAAAAGCCAAGUAAAUGUUUGCUCCUUUCAUAGUCAAUUUCAGCUCAUCGAGGAACUUUUUUUGUUCUUACUUCGGCAUGCUUCUAGGAAAGAAGGCGGUCG